AUGUCCAUUAUAGCAGGCGAUUCUACUAAAAAGGAGAACGAAUUUUCCAGCGUCGAAGACUUUAUUGUCGAUGGGGACGACGGAGAGCAAUCCUUGGGUUUCCUGUCUUCAGUCGACGAAAUACCUAGUUCAACGGUAAAAGGGGUUUUAGUCGAGCAAGAUUCAGACAGUGAUGCCGAGAAUGAAGGCAAUCCCAUGGUGAUGGGUUUUCAAGAUGAAAUCGAUGAUGAGGAUUAUCUUCGAGCAUCUGAGUUUGGAAAUCCUGUUACACAGAUCUCAGUUUCUUCUUCGGACGAAGAAGUGCCAGUUCCACAGGCCGAUAAAAAAGAAGCAGCUGCUUAUAAAGUGAAUAAAACGGUUGAAGAUAUUACUAUCGAGGACGACCUAGAUGACUGGCUCAAUGAUGGCGCUGAAAAAUUUCCUUCAUCAAAAUUGAAUGUUUCUUCAUCAUCGAGUUCCCUGAAAAACAAUGAAUUUGUCAAUCGAAAAGUUCCUGAACCAAAGACGGUAGACGUUUCGCUCGAAGAAUUGUCCCUUGAAGAUGAAAGAACCUCAAGUAGUCCUGCUCCGGAUUCCGAUGUAGUUGAGGAAUCCCGUCCUUAUAACGAUUACGAAGAACUCUAA